CUGAUGGACACGAAGUGGGUGACCUCUGAGUUGGCAUGGACAACUCAUCCAGAGACGGGGUGGGAAGAAGUCAGUGGUUAUGAUGAGGCCAUGAACCCCAUCCGCACAUACCAGGUGUGCAACGUGCGGGAGGCCAACCAGAACAACUGGCUGCGCACUAAGUUCAUCCAGCGCCAGGACGUCCAGCGCGUCUAUGUGGAGCUGAAAUUCACUGUACGGGACUGCAACAGCAUCCCAAACAUCCCUGGCUCCUGCAAGGAGACCUUCAACCUCUUCUACUAUGAGUCGGAUACAGAUUCUGCCUCUGCAAACAGCCCUUUCUGGAUGGAGAACCCCUAUAUCAAAGUGGAUACAAUUGCCCCAGAUGAGAGCUUCUCCAAGUUGGAGUCUGGACGUGUGAACACCAAGGUGCGCAGCUUUGGCCCUCUCUCUAAGAAUGGCUUUUACCUGGCCUUCCAGGACCUGGGAGCCUGCAUGUCCCUCAUCUCUGUCCGGGCUUUCUACAAGAAAUGCUCCAACACCAUUGCUGGCUUUGCUAUCUUCCCGGAGACUUUAACGGGUGCUGAGCCCACCUCUCUGGUCAUCGCGCCAGGCACCUGCAUCCCCAACGCAGUGGAGGUGUCUGUACCCCUGAAGCUGUACUGCAACGGCGAUGGCGAAUGGAUGGUACCUGUGGGAGCCUGUACGUGUGCCGCUGGAUAUGAGCCAACCAUGAAGGAUACCCAGUGCCAAGCGUGUGGGCCAGGAACCUUCAAGUCUAAGCAGGGGGAAGGUCCCUGCUCUCCCUGCCCUCCCAACAGCCGGACCACCUCGGGAGCAGCAACAGUCUGCACGUGUCGAAAUGGCUUUUUCCGGGCAGACACGGACUCUGCAGACAGUGCCUGCACCAGCGUACCCUCUGCCCCUCGCAGUGUCAUCUCCAACGUGAACGAGACCUCUCUGGUGCUGGAGUGGAGCGAGCCACAGGACACGGGCGGGCGGGAGGACCUGCUCUACAAUGUCAUCUGCAAGAAGUGCAGCGUGGAGCGGCGCCUGUGCACCCGCUGUGACGACAACGUGGAGUUCGUGCCGCGCCAGCUCGGCCUCACCGAGCGCCGCAUCUACAUCAGCAACCUGAUGGCCCACACCCAGUACACCUUUGAGAUUCAGGCUGUGAAUGGCAUCUCCAACAAGAGCCCUUACUCUCCCCAUUUUGCCUCUGUCAACAUCACAACUAACCAGGCAGCCCCGUCUGCCGUGCCUACAAUGCACCUGCACAGCAGCACUGGGAACAGUAUGACACUAUCGUGGACUCCCCCUGAGAGACCCAAUGGCAUCAUUCUCGACUACGAGAUCAAGUACUCAGAGAAGCAAGGCCAGAGUGAUGGCAUCGCCAACACAGUCACCAGCCAGAAGAACUCGGUGCGGCUGGAUGGGCUGAAGGCCAACGCUCGGUACAUGGUGCAGGUCCGGGCACGCACAGUGGCUGGGUAUGGCCGCUACAGCCUCCCCACCGAGUUUCAGACAACUGCAGAGGAUGGCUCCACCAGCAAGACUUUCCAGGAGCUGCCUCUGAUUGUGGGUUCAGCCACUGCAGGGCUGCUCUUUGUCAUCGUUGUGGUGAUCAUUGCUAUCGUCUGCUUCAGGAAAGGGAUGGUUACUGAACACCUCCUCUCGUCUCCUUUGGGCAGGAAGCAACGCAACAGCACAGACCCUGAGUACACAGAGAAGCUGCAGCAAUAUGUUGCCCCUGGGAUGAAGGUCUAUAUUGAUCCCUUCACUUAUGAAGACCCCAAUGAAGCCGUUCGGGAAUUCGCCAAAGAGAUUGACAUCUCCUGUGUCAAAAUCGAGGAGGUCAUUGGAGCAGGGGAGUUUGGUGAGGUGUGCCGCGGGCGCUUGAAGCUGCCCGGUCGUCGUGAGAUCUUUGUGGCCAUCAAGACACUGAAGGUGGGUUACACAGAGCGGCAGCGGCGGGACUUCCUGAGCGAGGCCAGCAUCAUGGGCCAGUUUGACCACCCCAACAUCAUCCACCUCGAGGGUGUGGUGACCAAGAGCCGCCCCGUCAUGAUCAUCACAGAAUUCAUGGAAAACUGCGCACUUGACUCCUUCCUGCGGCUGAAUGAUGGGCAGUUCACAGUCAUCCAGCUGGUGGGAAUGCUGCGAGGCAUCGCUGCCGGCAUGAAGUACCUUUCAGAGAUGAACUACGUGCAUCGGGAUCUGGCUGCCCGCAACAUCCUGGUCAACAGCAACUUGGUCUGCAAAGUGUCUGACUUUGGGCUCUCUCGCUUCCUGGAGGAUGACCCAACUGACCCCACCUACACGAGCUCCCUGGGGGGCAAGAUCCCGAUCAGAUGGACAGCUCCUGAGGCCAUUGCCUACCGCAAGUUCACUUCCGCCAGCGACGUGUGGAGCUAUGGUAUCGUGAUGUGGGAAGUGAUGUCCUAUGGGGAGCGACCCUACUGGGACAUGUCCAACCAGGAUGUGAUCAAUGCAGUGGAGCAGGAUUACCGCCUGCCACCUCCCAUGGACUGCCCUACAGCGCUGCACCAGCUGAUGUUGGACUGUUGGGUGCGGGACCGCAACCUGCGGCCCAAGUUUGCACAGAUUGUCAACACGCUGGACAAGCUCAUCCGCAACGCCGCCAGCUUGAAAGUUAUUGCUAGCGUCCAGUCUGGCAUCUCACAGCCACUCCUGGACCGCACUGUCCCAGAUUACACCACCUUCACCACUGUGGGAGACUGGCUGGAUGCCAUCAAAAUGGGAAGGUACAAGGAGAACUUCGUUAAUGCCGGCUUUGCCUCCUUCGACCUGGUGGCGCAGAUGACUGCAGAAGACCUGCUGAGGAUAGGGGUGACACUAGCAGGGCACCAGAAGAAGAUCCUGAGCAGCAUUCAGGACAUGAGGCUGCAGAUGAACCAGACACUCCCAGUGCAGGUUUGACCAGAGGGGACUCUGCAUUGGAAUGGACCGAGGGAACCUGCCAACCAGGUUCAGUUUGCGGUGCAGCCCGACUUCCCGUUUCCCCUUCACACGGCGCUCCUCUGCCUCGGACGGUCGCCUGGGACAGGACGGGACGGGCCGCCCUUCCCUGGAGCGGAGGCACUUGUGCCGAAAGGGAGCCCAGCUUUUCGUCCCAAGUCUUGGAGCAGCGAGGCAGCAACACAUCUUCAUAUUGAAGAUGGAUUAUGGGACAGAGAUGGCACAUCCUCCUUCCCGCCCUGUCUCGGUUCUCAUCUGUUUGAAGAGUUGUUCUGCUUCUUGGAUUUCUUUUCACCCUUUUUUCCCCGCAAGUCCUCACUUCCCUCCCUGAGGCCACAGACUGUUGACCCAUCCACUGAAUCCACCAGACACAUCCGAAGCCUUUCCUAACUCUGGUCUCCACGUGGAAACAGCCAGGGGAGGCUGAGCCAGCGACAGGGCCGGGGCUAUGGGCCCCAGACAAUCACUCCCUUCCUCCAGCCCUGGCAGCCCCUCCACGCAAGGGUCUGCACUGGAACGUGUCCAAACGGAAGGCUUCGCUCUCUUUACUUGGCUUUGCACGCCAGAACCCGAACCCUAUGAGAUUUACUAUGCAGGGAGUUAGGAAAAAAAAAAGAGAUAUAUAUUAAAAAAAAUAAAGAGGGAGCAGAAAGGGGAGGGAGGGGGACCUGGUGCCCAGCUCCACAUCUCUUACCCUCUUGGUUCUCGUGGCCGGCUCUGGACUGCAGAGCAAGGCCAUCAGCACGUUUGCACAGGGACCUUCCGGUUUGCCCCCGGACCGACAGCAGCCACGCUCCCCCCGAGGGGCCAGAGAGCGGGGUUGGGGCAGGGGCUGCACCGGGGGCUGAGGCCCAGGCUCCCCCAGCCUCCUCUUUUAUGCAGAAGGAGCGGGGCCAAUCCCACUCCUGACACACGCUGUGAUUGCUGCCAAAAGACUCACUGACCUUUCCCUGCGGAUUCACUGCAGCCCGGUUCCUCCAAGCUGAGGGAGAGACUCCCAGCGUGCCUGAGUGUGUGUGAGUGUGUGCAUGCGUGCGUGGGUGUGUGCUGGCCGGCAGGACUGUGUGAGGCAAUGGGCAGAAUAAAGGCAAUAAGAAUUUUACCAGUUUCCUUUGCUCAAUCGCGCUCUCACUGGAUGGACCUGGCUGCCUGCAGCUUCCUCUUCCUCCCAGCCAGCCCCAGACUGGCUCCGUGCCCCUUUCUGCUCCUCUGUUCUCUUGCUGUCAGAUAUUUGGGUGGUCCUGCAGGGAGUACACCCUGCAGUGCUUGGGGACCUGGUGUGCUCCCCUGUUGGGGUACACAGUGUGGAGGUUACAAUUUCCAGGGCAGAGCCAGCCGCAGAGCUCCAUCUAAUGCACUCAGCGAUGCUCAUAAUGGCUUUUUUACCCUCAUCUCCUCAAGUCAAGCUGGAACUGUGGGAACCAAACCCAGUGUGUGAAAACCAAGCAGGAAGCCGCCAUGCUCACGUGUUCAGCCAGCUGCUAGAAGGUCCCUGCAGCCCAGGGGCUUCUCCCUAGAGCAUCAGUUGGUCCUCUGCUCUCCACAGGCUGAGUCCAGCCCCAGGCAGGAGUGCUGUAACAACUGCCCACAUCCCUGAAUCGCCUUCCUUGCUCCUCUCCUCAAAAUGGCAGUUGCUGAGCCAGAUGGGAUCACAUCAAAGCAGCUGUCCCAGCUGCAGGCAGCAAUGUAACCCUCUGGGAGCUGCUGCCCCUGGGAAAUGGGGCCAGGGAGUCCCUAUGCCUCCAGCAAAGGGGGAAUUGCUCCCUAGUAGCUAAGUGGGACCUCUGCUUGCUCAUGAUGGGGAGGUUACAGGUCCUAACAUCCCCUCAGCUGCAGGAUACCUUGCUGACUUGUUUUGCUGGCAGCUUGGAGGGGCAAGUGGAUGCUCCCCAAAAUAAUAGGGUACAUCCCUGUGCUCCCCCUGUGCUCAGCCCCUCUCCCUUCCCAGGGUGGCUGAGCAGGUGCUAUUUUUCUCUUUUCUUUGAAACUCGCCUGCCCUUGUGUUUCUCAUUAACCCCACUCUCCUCCCCAGGGCACAGUAAACAAGGCCAGGAGGGCAGCAGGUCCUGCACCAAGGAAUAGGCUCCCUCUAUCCCACCAUCCCUCUUCCACAGGAUCUAUUGUGGGGACAGGCUGCUGGGGACACCACAGCACCAUUUCACUGGGAGUUCCCAGCCUUGCCUGCCCUGGCUUGCUCCCCACCCUGGCUGCUCCUUGGCUGCUGCCACAGUGGGACCCCAAAUGGUAGCACUGGGCAGACCCCACCUUCUACCAAGUCAUGUGAAGCAACUUAGUGUUGGGAGACUUCAAAAGCAGCUGGCCAUAUAGAUGUUAAAGCCCAUUUGGGGCUUACUAGCCCUUUCCCCCUGCAAGCACUGUGGGGUCAGGGGCUGUGUCUGCUGCCUUUGCUCCCCCAGCCCAAUGCUGCGAAGUCUGGGGUCCCACCAGCCCUGGUGGAUCUCAGUCAUCCCCAUCUCAACCCUCCGUCCUGGCCUGGCUUUGCUUUGUAGGGGUUUCUACUCAUUUUAAACAGCAAGCCCACAACAAACCCCUUUGCCCGGCCUUCUCUGUGCCAAAUCUGCUCCCAUGGAGCAGGACUCAGCAUCCCUGCAGGUCUCCCCCCAGCCUCAGCCCUCACCCUGCCUGGUUUGCACCCAGGGGCUCUUCAUGUGCUGUACCUCCCACCUCCUUACCCAUACCAGUAGGUACAGGGGGAAAGUAGUGUUCAAUGGUGAAAGAAAAGCAACAGCAAAAAACAGCAGCAAGGGAAAUUGAUGCGAGCGUGCGUUUGUAAAAAUAUUUUUUAAC